CGGCGUGAAAGCCGGCAUGGCGUCUCCUGCGCGCAGCAACCACGUGUGGGUCGGAGCCGAAACGGGCCUCCUGAAAGGAAUCAACCUGCAGAAGAAACAGGCCACAAACUAUAAACUGGGGGACGUGGCACCUGGUCGCCAGGAUGCUGUCACAGCCAUGUGUUGGGCGGAUCCUUACGAGUCUGAGAUCUUUGUGGGAUGCCUUGAUGGAUCAGUCAGGUUGUUCAGUACUGAAAAAGGCAAGUUUACUGAGACCCAGGACUGUGUAGGUGGAGAGGGAGCCUUCUGUGGUUUGGCUUGGCUUGACAGCGCCCUCAUCACCUGUGUCGAGUCCGGCUUGCUGAAGGUCUGGCGGAACAACCCCUCAGAAAACAUGGAGAUCCAGGUGGGCCCUGGCGUGUGCCGCAUGCGCCAGGACCCCGGACAGCCUCAGCGUGUUGCCACAGGUGGGAAGGAGAACUGCCUCAAGGUGUGGGACCUACAGCAACCACAGGAGCCCGUUUUUCGAGCCAAGAAUGUCCGGAACGACUGGCUUGACCUGAGGGUGCCCAUCUGGGACCGGGACAUGCAGUUCUUGCCUGGCUCAGAGAAAAUAGUUACCUGCACUGGGCACCACCAGGUCCGGCUCUACGACCCCAGCUCCCCCCAGCGCCGCCCUGUCCUGGAGACCACCUUCGGCGAGUACCCCCUAACGGCCCUCUCGUUGACUCCAGAUGCAAACGCCGUGGUGGUUGGCAGCUCACGAGGGGAUGUGGCAGUCAUAGACUUGCGGCAAGGACGGCUGGUGAAGUGCCUCAAAGGCUUUGCUGGGAGUGUCCGCGCCAUCCAGUGCCACCCGGCGCUUCCUCUCGUGGCCUCGUGCGGGCUGGACCGCUUUCUUCGCAUCCACAACCUUGAGCACAAGCGCUUGGAGCAGAAGGUUUACCUGAAAUCCCGGCUGAACUGCCUCCUACUGACCAGCCGAGAGAAAUGGGAGAAUGAGGACCCCGGCCCUCCGGCUGCCCUCCAGAGUGACCUGAAGGAGGAGGAGGAGGAUGAAAUCUGGGACUCCAUGGAAGUGGUGACCACCAAGCGGAAAGCAGCGCCACAGCCAUCUUCUGCUGGGGGGCCUGGGAAGCCCCCAAAGGACAAGGGCUUAAAAAAGCAGAAGAGGAAACGGGCCGAAUCGUGACACGGGGGCCGGGGAGCAGGGACUAGCCCAGCACAAAUCUCUCUGUCUUGGAUUUUGGACACUGCUCAAGGGCACUGACACAGCCUCUCCCAGCUGCCUGCUACUGAACUGAAGGACAGCCUUGCUGUGCAGGAAUUUGGUUUUUUUAAUUCCUAUACCGUCCCCAGUUCCUCUUUAAGCCAUGGGGCUGGAAAGGUAAGAAUUCAAAGCUUUACAUGAAGAGGGGCUGGCAGUGGGAGGAAGGGAUGAAACGUUUACUUCCCUUCUCAUCUUUGGCUGCUGUGCAGUUUUGUCAAGUUAAUGUGAUAAAAUAUGCCUUUUGUGAAAUAUAUUCCUUAUUUCAGACAUUCUGGCUGCUUAUUAGGCAGGAAAUAGAAUAACAGCUCAGAGGAAUAGGAUCUCCCCAGUUUACAAAGGUUUUCUCAUUAAAAACCAAUGAGGGAAACCAUUUUCUUUAGUAUUAAGUACCAGUUGCUUUUUAGGAUUAAGCCUUUAUGAAGCAACAUACGCAAGGAUAUAUUAUGCAUAUUAUUUAAAUUUCUAGUUACUGUGGCAAAACUACUACCAGGGUGGGUAGUAGGUGAGGGUAGGAGUCACAUAAUCUUGUACUGAAGGGGUUGUAUAAAUUAUCCAUAAAGGAAUGUUGUAACUAUACCCCCAAGCAGGCCCUGUUAAGACCUACAUUUUAAACUCAGCUUUUCUGGUUGCUACUAAUGGAUUUUAUUUUAAGUUGACUCCUAGAUCCUUUCAACACAAUAUAGCAAUGUUAUAUUUUAGGAAGAAAAUUCUGUUACAAUUGCUAUAUUAGCUAGCAUGCAGGCUAGAUGGAAAAUUUACUCCAGGGAAAAUUGUUCACAGAAACCUACUGCUAUCAUGAAACGGGGGAAAAUUGGUGAUUGGGGUUCUUAAAAUUCCACCAAAAUCUCCCAAUCCAUAAAGGAUCCAGGUAUCAAUUCUCCCUUAGCCUGCAUUAGAAAAUCAUUGGAGUGCCAUUUUUCUUAAAUUCUGUUGCCACGUAUAUAAUAUAAUGUGAGCCGCCCCGAGGCUGUUGUGAUGGGUGCGGCAUAGAAAUGUUUUAAAUCAAUCAAGCAACCAUUAAUAUUACAGUAAAGGUUAGUGGCAUAGAUUGAACAUAGCAAUAAUUAUUUAAAAGGGGAAAAUAUUAAAAUAAAGCAUGGCAAUUUUAUAAAUUUAGACAUUAACUUGCCUAUUGUCAUGAUAAAUGCAGUUGCUACAGCAUUUAAAAACUUCGCAUUGCUAAAUAAAACUUCAAUACCAAGGGGGAAAAUUAGACCCGUGUUAGUUUUACAUGCAGAAGAUCCCAAAUUUACAAGCUCCCAGGGGCCAGUCUGCAGCCAUGCAGAAUGCAAGGCAGCAGGUGAGCACAGCAGCACCCCAUCCAUGUUCCCCAGCAAAAGGGGAUAUGGGCAUUCUGCCUAUAUUACCUCAUCUAGAAAGAAACACAGGACAAGAGCAGAGCUUUUCAGUUUGGUUGUAGGCUCCCCAAGGAAUGCCUGGCGCAGGAAAGCAAAGCCUGCAACUUGUGAGGAGCCUGCGACUUGUGAGGUGCUUGUCCUUUCAGUGCCUGGUGCCGAGUCUUCAAGGUAUUGAGAUUCAAGAAUUUCAAGUGCUGAACAAACCAAAUCCCCAUCCUGACGCUCUCUUCCAGCUUGCUGUGUCCAUCUUCAGGGAUUUCAGCUCUUUUUGCCCCUCGCAGGCCCCUCUUCUGGAAUCGCCGAGUCUUCCUAGUUCUUCGGGCCCAAGGAUCUCAAAUGCUGCCUAGAUCCCCAUCCUGAUGCUCUCUUCCGGCUUGCUCUGCUUCUGUCUUCAGGGAUUUCAGCUCUUUUUGCCCCUUGCAGGCCCCUCUUCUGGAAUCACCGAGUCUUCCUAGUUCUUCAGACCCAAGGAUCUCAAGCGCUGCCUAGAUCCCCAUCCUGACGCUCUCUUCCGGCUUGCUCUGUGUCCAUCUUAAGGGAUUUCAGCUCUUUU